AUGCUUGUUUAUUUGUUAAAUGGUUCUCAGGUUGAAGCGUCAACUGAAUAUGUUUACACAGUGAAUGAUGGACCGAGGCGUUUCAUAAUAGAUUUGAAGAAGAAAACUUGCAGCUGCAGGAUGUUCCAACUGGACGAGAUACCGUGUUCUCAUGCAUGGGCAGUAUUGAAGAAUAAAAAUUUGACUGCUGAUGUAUAUUGUUCGGAUUUAUUCAAGCCGGAAACAGUUGUGAACACAUAUGAUGUGCCAGUUGAUCCUCUUCCCGAUGAGACCGAGUGGAAUGUUCCUAAAAGUAUAUUAGAUGAAGUUGUUAUGCCACUGAUCUAUAAGAGACCCCCUGGGAGGCCAAAAAAGAAGAGGGACAAGCCAUUACAGGAGUUGAUGAUUGGUAAACGCAGAAAUUCCUGCGGUAAAUGUGGACGUCUUGGUCAUAAUAGGCGUUCGUGUGAUAAUCCGCCGCUCAAUAAGAAGAAUAAAUAA